CACAUGUAUCGUGAAAAAUGACAUUAUGCAAAAGUUGCCUAACAUUGCUCCAUCGAGCUAGAAAAAGUGUUUUUCCUAUUCGUAAUGUCUCCAGAAUUUCUUCAUCAUCCUUUGAUGACUGGAAUAAAGCUGUGUCGGACGCGGAGAAAAUUGUUGGGUAUCCAACGUCAUUCAUGAGCCUUCGCUGUUUGAUCAGUGACGAGUUUUCCAAUGUUGCCAUGCACUUGAGAAAAUUAGUCGGCACACGUCAUCCACUUUUAAAGACUGCUAGAGGUUUGUUGUAUGAUGGCAAACAGAACACACAAACAAGGGGGUUGAUUGUCCUUCUCAUUGCUAAAGCAGCAGGUCCAGGGCCAACAGAACAAAGUCAAGAUAGAGCACAAGACAAAAUCAGUGGGAUAUAUUCUAGCCAAAGGUCCCUUGCAGAGGUCACAGAAAUGAUUUACACAGCUAACCUCAUACAUAAAGGAGUGGUCAAUCUGGCAGAUUAUGUAGACAGUGACUACAGGGAGAAAAAGGACAUGGAAUUUGGAAAUAAAAUGGCUGUACUCAGUGGGGACUUUUUGCUGGCUAAUGCUUGCACAGAACUAGCCAGUCUUAAUAACACAAAAGUUGUUGAAACAAUGUCAUUGGCCAUCACAGAGCUAAUGGAAGCAGAAUUCACAGACCUGAGAGAUCCUGGAGGGGAGUGUGUAUUGAAGUCAGAGAUCCAGUUUUCUGAUUGGGUAAGACAGACAUAUUUGUCAUCAGGAAGCCUGUUAGAGAGGAGUUGCCGAUCUGCGGUGGAGCUUGCUGAUCACAGGGAAGACCAAAAAGAGGCUGCAGCCUCAUUUGGAGAAAAUAUGGCUUACCUAAAACAGAUGAAGAAUGAUCUCAAGCCAUUUGUGAGUGAAGACAAUAAUAUGGAGGACUUCAGUAUUACAUCAGCUCCGGUCAUCAAAUACCUUGAACAAAAUCCAGAGAAAAGAGACACAGUAAUGUCAUUACAAACCAAAGACUUAAGACAGAUUGUGUCCACCAUUAAGUCAUCUGAUGUGAUAGCCGAGUGUCUUAGUUUAUGUGAUAAGUAUGGUGACAAUGCUUUGAAGGCUUUAGAUGUGUUUCCACAGACUGAUGCCAAAACAGCCUUAAUCAACAUUGUUAAUGCCACAAUAAAAUCCUGACACGUACUUAAAAAUUCAGCUGAAAGUAUCUGGUUUUGAAUUAAGUGAUCCUUGGGGUCUUUAGAUACAAUUGUUCACAAUGGCAGAUAAUAUACAUGUGUUAAAUAAAUUGUGUUGAUUUUG